AUGGAGAUUGCAUCCAACUACGUCGACCUGGAGAAGAGAAGAGAGCGGUUCAGUGCUGGCGCCGACGGCUCUCUCUCGGUCAACGGAUACAUCAGGACCAACACACCUGGAGCCAAAGGCCCGCAGCUUCCAAAGAUGAUCGACCCCGUCUUCAAUUACAACUCGCAGGCAAGCUUAACUUCUCACUCCCAGUCCCUUUAA